UGUUGUUUGUGGGUGGUUUUUGUGGUUCGUGGGUGGGUGUUUGUGGUUUGUGGGUGGCUAUUUCGUGGUUCGCGGAUGGUUGCUUCGUGGGUGGGUGUCGGUGGUGGUGGUUUUGGGCGGUUCGUGGGGGUAGUUUCUGGAUGGGUUUGGUUUUUGGGUCUCAGAUCUAGUGGUUCUAGGGUGGUUUUCGUGGUUCUUGUGUGGUUUUCGUGAUUCUUAGGUGAAUUUCGGUGGUUUGUGGGUGACUUUCGGUGAUUUGUGGGUGGCGUGGAUGGUGGUUCGUGGGUUCUGGGUGGCGUGUGGUGGUGGUGGUUCUGUGUGGCGUGUGGUGGUGGUUGUUUUGGGCGGUUCUUUUUAAUUGUAAUUGUUUUUUAAUUUUUUAUUUUUGAUAAUAGUUAAUUACAUGUUCAUAACUUUCAAUAAUCAUGUUUAAGAAGUUUUGCCUAGGAGUCCGCGCUAACCCCCUUUGUUGCAAAUAACUGUUGACGGAGGUAGGAAUAAAAAAAAAUUCCUUCUUUAACCGAUAAAAAAUAAAAAAAUAAAAUUCCCAAUGCAAAUCUUAUGCAGUUAUGCUAGACUGCUACUCUGCUAGAGUGGGAAAACAUUGAAAUAUUUAAAGCGGUUCCUCCUUCCUCUUUUUUUUUGUUUGUUUGUUUUAUUUUUUUAAUUUAUUUUCUUUCUUAAAAAUAAGUAAUAUUUCUGAAAAACCUGCCAUUGGCCCUCUUCUUCCUUCCAGAAAAUUUUCUCUUUCCUCAUUGCUUUUUUCUUCAAAAUUCAAAGAUAAUUUUUUCGCGAAAUCUUCAAGAUCUUCUUCAAUCUCUCUCCUCUGAUUGUAGAUCUUCGUUAACCUAAUUCAAACUUUCCAUCACUUUCAUUUCAUAUUUCAUGGUUUAAUUUUUUUGAAAAAAAAUCUGGAUUUUACGAUAUAUUUUGGAAAAAAAUUGAGAAAUCUAGGGUUUUUUAAUUUUUUGGAUUUGCGGUUUGUGUUGUAACUAUUGUAAAUAACGAUGAAAUAGUUUGAAUCGAUGAAAAGCUGAAGAAAUUUAUUGUGGAUUGAUGUUUUGAAUUUUGGAGAAAUGAAGCGUGAGUUAGCGGCAUUGGAGAUGCAGUCUCCGGUGAUUGGGAGAACGACUCGUUCGAGUAAGCGGCUUUCUGUUGGUGGUUCGAGUCCAGUUUCCGAGAGUUUAGUGUAUAAGAGAGUGAAAAGGUCGACGGUUCGAGCAAGAAAAUCGGAGGUCUUGAGUAAUGGUGGUGGUGAUAAUGGUGCGGUCGAGAUUUCAGAGGCGAGUGAAGGUGUAGGAGAUCAAAAUGGAGCUCAUGAUCCGCAACCGGAGGAGAAAAUUGGAGUGCCGGAGGUGCAGGAGAGAGAAAUUGUUGUGGCUGCUGGGGUGGAUAGUGAAGUUGUGAAGUCAGUGUGUGAUGAGGAGGUUAAGAAUGUUUAUGAAGUUUCGUCGAUGGCGGUCGAGGAGAAGGGUGUCAAUGAGAGCUCUGUAAAUGGUGAUGGUGAUGGUGAUGGUUUGAUGAAGAAUGAAGUGUGUGAUGAUGUGGAGGUGAAUGGAGAGCUAUUUGAGGAGCAGAAUUUGGUAGCUAUUAAGAUAGAUUAUCAGGAUGCAGUUGUUAAUGAGGUGCAUGCUAAUGGUGGUAGUAUUGAAGUUGAGAAAGUGUUGGAAGGAAUUUCGACGAAAUCUCCAUUGAAUGCUGUUAAUGGUAAAGCCAAGAAAUCCUCUAUUGAGAGAUAUCCAAGGCGUUUUACGCGAUCAGCAUUGAAAUCUAAGGUGGAUACCGUGAAAAUAGGGAAUGAUUAUGUCGAGCAGGGAAAUUCGAAGGCAGUAACGAAUGAGGGUAAUGGAGAAGUUUGUAAGGAAAUAGUCGUCUAUUCUGAAGCCUCAAGGAGUGAGAGUAAUGGGGUAGUAAAGAAUUCAUUAUUAGAGAAAUAUUCAAGAAGGGUUACUCGCUCUGCUUUGAAGCCUAAAGUGGAUGAUAGUACCUUGCGCUCUGUAGAGCCUGCCACUCUUGAUAACAAAAAGGCGGUAUCUGCUCCUCUAGAUACGAAAAUGGCGGUUGCUGUCACUUUAGAUAUAGAAACGUUGGUGCCUGUCAAGAAUAGUGAGAAUGCAGAGUGUGAUGCUGGCAAAGAUAGUGAAGAGCCUAGCUCAGCACCUCCGAGGAGGAAAUUGGAGAUGAAAAUGUCAAAACAGAUAUCCCAUGGAAAAGUCCCGAGCAAUGUUCAGGAGCUUCUUGCCACAGGUUUAUUAGAGGGAUGUCCUGUUUAUUAUGAUGGCGGCAAGGGUUUGAAGCUGAAUGGAAGAAUUAGAGGUAUUGGCAUACUAUGUUCUUGUGGAUUGUGCAAAGGAUGCAAAGUUAUCCCCCCCUCUCUGUUUGAGAUUCAUGCUUGUAACAAGUACAAACGGGCGGUACAAUACAUAUAUCUUGAGAACGGGAGAAGUUUAAUUCAUAUACUAAAAGCAUGCAAGAACACUCGUCUUAGUACAUUAGAAGCCACAAUUCAAAAUGCUAUUGGUCCUUUGCCUGAAAAGAAACUUAUAGUUUGUCAGAAUUGCAAAGAGCCAUUUUUCUCCAUGGAUGCUGAAAGCUCAGAACCAGUCUGCAGCAAAUGUGUUAUGUUGAAUCUGUCCUCAAUUGGCCCAGUGUACUCAACUCGUAAACGGUGUAGGUCAUCAAAGUUUGUUUUUCCUUCUCAAUCAACUUCAGCAUGUGACAUGGCUCAAGAUAGCAGCCCUAAAAAUUCAAUUGAAAACUCAGGUGAAGCAAUUCUUACUCCAAAGUUGCAAACUUCUCAGGCUGAUGUGCCUUAUGGUGUGCUUCAAGGCAGAAGUCGAGCAAAAUUAGUAAAAAAAUCAGCAGGUGCUUUUCUUACGCCAAAAUUACGCAGCAGUUCAAGGAUUGGAAGAAUUUCAGAAACAAAGAUGUCCGAGGAAAUAGUAAAAAAUGCACAAGAUUCAUCUAUGUCUCCAAAGACUUGUAUCAGUCCCGUGGUGGGAAAAUCUGCAGGAACUAAGGAUCACAAGAAAUUGAAGAGAAGGUCAUCUAAACUAGCCUUGUCUCCGAAGCCUUCACCUGGAAAUGCUUGUGCAAAAGUUAAAACAAGGUUAAGAGAAGAAGUUCUGACACCCAAGCCUUCUAAAACUCCCACAACUCUUAAAUCUUCAGAGAAGAAGACUAGUGGGAAAAUUACAAGAAAAGAUCUUCGGCUGCAUAAGUUGGUUUUUGAAGAUGAUGUAUUGCCUGAUGGAACUGUGCUUGGCUAUUAUGCUAGAGGGCAGAAAUUACUGGAGGGCUCCAAAAAGGGUUCUGGAAUUCUUUGUAAUUGCUGUGAUACGGUGGUUAGUGCUUCGCAAUUUGAGGCACAUGCUGGUUGUGCUUCACGCAGAAAACCGUAUUGCUAUAUAUACACAUCUAAUGGGGUUUCACUGCAUGAGUUAUCGGUAACCCUAAUUAAAGAUCGUCGUCAUUCUGCCAAGUACAAUGAUGACCUGUGCUCUAUUUGUGCUGAUGGUGGGAAUCUUCUUCUUUGUGAUGGAUGUCCAAGAGCUUUUCAUACGGAGUGUGCAUCUUUGCCAAGCAUACCUCGUGGAAAAUGGUAUUGUAAAUACUGUCAGAAUAUGUUUGAAAGGGAGAAAUUUGUUGCGCAUAAUGCUAAUGCGCUUGCUGCUGGAAGAGUUAGUGGAGUUGAUUCUAUAGAGCAGAUAACAAAGCAGUCCAUUCGAAUUGUCAACAACCUUGCAUCUGAAGUUAGUGCCUGCAUAUUGUGCAGAGGUUUUGACUUUUGCAAGACAGGAUUUGGGCCUCGUACAAUUAUCCUCUGUGACCAGUGUGAGAAGGAAUAUCAUGUUGGUUGCUUAAAGGAUCAUAAUAUGGCAGACCUUACGGAAUUGCCGGAUGGGAAAUGGUUUUGUAGCAUGGAUUGUAGAAGGGUUGAAUCUUCUUUGCAGAAUCUUCUGGUUCGAGGAGUUGAAAAGCUUCCUGAAUCUCUUGUGGAUAUCAUCCGGAAAAAGAACAUGCACAUUGGUUCUGAUAGUGGAUCUGAUUUGGAAGUAAGCUGGAGACUUCUCAGUGGAAAGGUUGCAUCUCCUGAAACUAGACCUUUGCUCUCGCAGGCUGUAGCUAUUUUCCAUGAAUCUUUUGCCCCAAUCAUUGAUGUGGUGUCUGGACAUGACCUUAUACCUGCAAUGGUUUAUGGGAGGAAUGUAGGUGGCCAAGAAUACGGAGGGAUGUACUGUGCUGUGUUAACUGCCAACAAAGUGGUUGUAUCAGCUGGAAUAUUCCGAAUUUUUGGUCCAGAUGUUGCAGAGCUCCCAUUGGUCGCAACAAGCAGUGGUAAUCAUGGCAAAGGUUAUUUUCAAACACUAUUUGCAUGCAUAGAGAGACUCUUGGCAUUCCUUAAAGUUAAGACCAUAGUGCUUCCAGCAGCAGAGGAGGCAGGAUCUAUCUGGACAGAUCGUUUUGGUUUCACAAAGAUGACGCUCGACCAGCUUCGUGAAUUGAAGAGAAAUUUUUGGUCAUUAGUACGAUUCCAGGGAACCUCUAUGCUUCACAAGUUGGUUCCAGAUUGCCGUGAAUGUGGAAGUCUAGCUGAAUAGUUAGCUUGUAAAUUAGCAGAACUUGGUAGAAGACCACAUUCUAGGGAAUCCAAUUUACCCGUAUACAGGCAGGGAUUUCAUUUUUCGUUGAUUAUUUAGAGUAGAUUUCCAGUUUUAGGAUCUGUUUUUCCUUUAAAUUUAUGAAGAAUGGUUUAAUUAUGGGCACAUUCUGUAUAAUUUAUUUUUUUACCUUUUAACGGUAGCAAAAGCUCUGUAAUUAAUUAUGCUUUUCAGCUAUUUGACAGUUAAGGUCAGUUUUUACAGUAAAAAAGAAGAGAAAAGAGGAAAGGAGGGUAGGGGGAGAGUUGAUGGAUGGGUUGUAUUAUUGUUUAAUCUCCUGGAUUGUGGAAUGGAGUUGUUUUAUCUCCUUUAGUUUUAAAAAUAGUGCAAAAAUUUUGUUCAGCUGCUCAGCAAUUUUUGAGCCUAUGAUAAAGUUGUGUUUUGCUGUGCAAAAUGCUGAUAGCUGUUGCAUGGGUCAA